CCCCUCGAAAUCCCUUUGUUUUGAAUUGUUAAUCAUUCCUAAACCUGGACUGUCGAAGCUAUUGCCUCAGGAAAGUAUACCUUAACAUGGCGGGAGCUGUUGUUAUUCGACGAUUCGCCAGCUUGGGAGCGUUUCGAUCGUUGCAGACGUUUCAAAUGCUACCGAAAGAUGGCCAGCAGGGUCAAGGUCAAAACCGCAACUCGUGUACGUAUAACCCCACCUUGACCUUUGCCCCUGGCCAGAAUGGAGGCGGAGAGCAGCGAAUCGGACCGCUGGUCGCUGAGCAGCAGAAAAAAGGACGCCUUUUCUACGGCAUUGAGGUACUGGCCCGUACCCGAAAGGAACCUGUGAACCUGGACUUUAAUACCUUCCUGCCGGUGCUGCCCAUCUUUGUCAGCGUCGUCUGGCAUUCCCUACGCUAUUGGGAUGUGGAGCCCAUCAGUGAAGUGGACUGCAUUGUGCUGUGCAAGCUUUUGGCUAAGCGAUUACCCACAAUGCCGCAUCUCACCUGUUAUCGAAUGUCCAAGCAGCGGAUGGAUCAAUUCCUGGACUUGGAAUUUAAGAAUCUAUUGGCCCUGCGAGGUGAUGAUGCAGAGCCUAAGCAGGAGUUUACGUUCUCGGCUGAUUUGACACAGUUUGCGAAAUGCAGGUUUGGAGAUAGAAUAUCUGUAUCCGUGGCUGGUUUCCCAGAUGGCUACACCCGCAGCGAAAGGACUCCGGAGCAUAUGGAGCGAAACUUGAAGAUUAUGAAGGCAAAGGUCGAAGCCGGUGCCGACUGCAUCAUCACUCAGAUGUGCUACAAGCCGGAUGCCAUCAUCAAGUACGUAAAGGAUUGCCGGGCGGCGGGCAUUACAGUUCCCAUCCUGCUUGGCAUCAUGGCUCCCGAUACCUACGCCUGCUACAAAAAUAUGAUUAAAAAGGGCGAGGCUGAACUUCCGCCGGAUCUGGCAGAAGAAGUUGAACGGCUUCAGUGUGAAAUAUUGACGGAUCCCAGCCAGAAUUCAGAUCAAAUUAGCCAAUUCUUUGUCAACUACAACGUUCGUCUCAUUUGCGAGGUCCUGGCCGCCUGCGAUGACGUCUGGGGCAUUGUCUUCUUCACUCUCAACAGGUUCGGAAGUGUUCAUCUUACUCUCAAGGAGCUACAAAAAAUUGGAUUAUUUAAUGAGGUGUCCUAAUAGUAGGAUUGCUUAGGGAUAUCUAAAUUACCGAAAGUCAAAGCUAAAUUUUACAAGUGUUCUCAAUUUAAAUUCUUGAUAUGAAUUUAUUAAAAUAUGGCUUUUAAACUUU